AUGGAGCUAGAAAGAGUCAAGCAAGAGAUAGUCCAGACUACUAAAAUUGCAAAAGACCACAGGAUCCACAAAAGCACAGCCAAAAAGUCUUCAUACUCCUACAACUGCAAAGACGUUCUGAUCAUUUGGCUGCUCUCUUUUCUCAUUAGGCUCUACAGAAUAGAAAAAGGAAACUUCGUCAUGUGGGAUGAAGCACACUUUGGAAAGUUUGCCAGCCACUACAUAAACAGAGAGUUUUUCUUUGAUGUCCAUCCUCCUUUGGGCAAGCUCCUUACAGCCCUGGGGGGAUGGCUGGUGGAUAUGUCUAAUGACUUUGUCUUCUCCAGUGAAGAUGUCUACCCGAGCUCUGUGGACUUUGUGGGCAUGCGGAUAUUCCACGCUCUCUUCGGGUCGUUUAUUCCUGUCUGUGGGUACAUGAUAGUCCGAACCAUUCGCAUGAGCAGAUUUACCGCUGUGGCAAUUGGGCUCUCUUUGGUCUUUGACAACGCACUCGUGGGAAUAUCCAGACUCAUCCUUCUAGACCCUUUUCUCCUUCUGUUCAUCUGUCUUUCUGAAGUGUUUCUCGCUAGAAUAGUCAUGGACAGCAGAAGAGUCGAUAGAAUAGGGUGCGACUUGGUGUGUCUUGGCAUAUGCAUCGGAGCAGCGAUGAGCAUCAAGUGGGUUGGUCUCCUGACUGUGUCUCAUGUGGGGGUAUUUUGCAUUUACGUCCUCCUCCAGGAGAUAAGAAACCGAAGAGUUGAAUUUUUUAAAAUAUUUUUAAGACUUGCAGCCACGCUAAUUAUCCUACCCGUAACUAUUUAUUUAAGUACGUUUUAUGUUCAUUUUUUGGUCCUAAACAAAUCAGGCCCAGGGGACGGAGAGAUGAGCAGCAGAUUCCAGUCAUUUUUAAGGAACAAUGAAGUGCUGAGGAACGAAGAAAGGAUGGAGUACGGGAACAGAGUCACAAUACGCAAUAAUACAGUGGGCACAGGGCUGCUACACUCUCACAUAGACAGAUACCCAAGCGGUGGGCAGCAAGUGACAGCAUAUCCGCACAAAGACAUGAACAAUCACUGGAGAGUGCUGAAGGUCGGAGCUGAUCCCGAGGGAGUGAAAGGAAAAGAGGAUCUUGUGCUGUUCCACAUUGAGACAAAUAGCUAUCUGGCGAUAGACGAGAGCGCAGACAGAAUAAAUGGCAGCACUUCAUACACACUGCCUGAGGAGGGAAAGAAAGCCGUCUGCAUGACACAGGAGGAAAUGAACAACUCCAUCCUCUCCAACACUGUGUUCCAUCUAGAGCCCGUGAAAGAGAGAGAGUCUGGCAUCUCUCCACUGACCACGUUGUUUUACAUCAGAAACAUACAGCACAACUGCUAUCUCUCGUACUCUGGCAACAAACUGCCUAAAUGGGGGCACCAGCAGGGCGAAAUAUACUGCAGCAACAAGAAGAUAGAAGGGUCUGUGUGGAACGUAGAGAUGAACAGAUCAGAAGAAACAGAGGGAGCAGAUAAAGAGCCCAAACAGCCUACAUUUAAGGACUUCCUGAUGAACACGCUGGAGCUAAACAAGGCAAUGAAUGUAGUGAACAAUGGGUUGGUAGAUGACGGCAACGAUGUCAUAGGAUCCCUUCCCAUUCAGUGGAUCUUUCCCAAAAAAUGGCUUAAGUUCAACAGAUGGGAUGGAUCUGUGCCAAGGUUUGCUCUCAUUGGCAAUAUUAUCACGUGGUAUUUGGGGAGUGCUAACAUUCCUGUGCUAAUGGCCAGUGUUCUCCUUGGCUUAGCCAAGAAAAGAGCCAGAGGCAGUAAUAGGUACAUCAGCAAGGAAAUGGGCAGACUCUACAUAGUACUCGGAGGCUGGCUGUUCCAUCUGGUGCCGUUUCUUCUGGUCAAGAGAAUACUCUAUCUGCACCACUACCUGCCCUGUCUAUUCUUCAGCGUACUGGGACUUAGCAUGGUUCUGGAGAAAAGACGCGCGCUCUCAUAUGUAUUCAUACUUUCUGCAGUUCUAUUUUUUAUUUCCUUCUCGUCUGUAACCUACGGGUAUCUGGGGGAAAUAGAGAAUCUGAGAGGCUUUUCUUUUCUUAAUUGGAAUAUAUACAAAGAAUAA